CCGAGCAAGAGAUGCUCCGCAUCUAAAACACAGGGUUCUCUUCGCCUUCGUAUCGGAUGACCGACGGAACAAACGUUUCUUACAAGGAAAUCAACAUGAACCCAUUCAUAUUCCUGAGCCAAAUUCAACAGAUGGGCGACCCCAGGACCCGAGAUUAUCCGCUGGUCAUGAACCCUUUCUUUGUCUUCCCAAUGAUCGCAUCUUACCUGUAUUUUGUCAAAGUCGCGGGUCCGCGAUGGAUGAAGAACAGGAAACCUUUUGAGAUCACGAACCUCAUGCGCUUCUACAACGUCGCCAUGGUUAUCCUCAACGCAAGGUUCCUCUACAUCGUUCUUAUCAACACCUACCUUCCUGGAGGCCGCUACAGUCUCUGGUGCCAAGGUAUCACAGGUUACAUGGACGACCAGCUUGCCGAAUACUACAAGAGCGGAUGGUGGUACUUGGCGGUCCGGUACGCCGACUUGCUGGACACUGUCUUCUUCGUGCUGCGCAAGAAGUUCACGCACAUCACUCACCUUCAUGUCAUCCAUCACGCCCUGUUUGCCGCGAACGCAUGGCUUAUUGUGCUGUUCGCUCCAGAGGGACAAGGUGCUCUGGGGCUUGCCAUGAACGCUUUCGUCCACGUCAUCAUGUACACUUACUACUUCCUCGCUACGUUGGGUCCCAGUGUCGCACAGUACCUCUGGUGGAAGAGGUACCUCACCAUGAUGCAGAUUGCGCAGUUUGUUAUUUUUAUAAUUCACAUGUCCAUUCCGCUUUUUGUUGAUUGUGGUUUCCCCAGAUACCUUAUUGUCGCGGGUAUUGUGCAAACGAUUCUCAUCAUGGUUCUCUUUGUAAAUUUUUACGUCAAGUCGUAUUAUAGGAAGCCUAUCGCUUCGAAAGCUCGAAAUCAUACAAGCCUACAUAAAAUGCAUGAGCACAAUCCCGAACAGCUCUUCGAGGUGAAUACUACACGGAAUAGUCUUCGGGAAUCCUUUGAUGUAUCCAAGAACAAGCAUAUAUAA